AUGUCGACCACGCACCGACCCACAUUUACAGCUGCUAAGGGACGCGAAUCGAAUGCGCACCUCUCGCAACAACGCAGUGUGCUGAGCAUACCGCAGCACACCAAGCUGAAGUUGCGACGACCCGCGUUAUCGAGCGCCGAGGGUGUUGCGGCGACACAUGCUGCAGGUACGCGGCGCGAUCUGAAGCGUGAGCUCGAGCACGCCGAGUGGUCGGCCAAGAACAAGAAGCGCAUCAACGACGGCUUGCCACCGCUCGCUCUACCGCAUUCAUCGCCGACCGUCCAAGACGAACAGAGAACAAGCGCAAUUGAACAAGCGAUUCAGCUCGAACUCGAUCGCUCGUCAGCAUCUGAAGAGUCGCAUGCGCACAGCUCGUCCGAGAGUGAUGACGAGUCGUCCGACUCGCCAAGCGCGUCCGACGAGCAGCAUGCGUUGCUGCUCGAGCUGCAAAAGAUCAAAUCCGAACGAGCCGCUCAACACGCCGCCCUCCACCGUCAGGCCGACGCUUCCGCCAGUAUCUCUCGCGACCACGAACUCGCACAUGCCAAUCCACUCCUCAACCUCCACCACGCUCUCGACGCGUCCGCAUCCACCCCGACCUCCGACACCUCCCCCCACUUCACCAUCCACAACCGCUGGGACCACGAUGUCAUCUUCAAAAACCAAGCCACCACCUCUACCAACGCCCAUUCCGCCCCUUCCUUCAUCAACGAUCUCACAAGAUCUGACUUCCACAAAAAAUUCAUGAAUCGCUAUAUCAAGUAA